AUGUUGCCUGGUGUCGCUACCAUCGUCGAUGGCAAGGCAACUGUCCCUUUUGUAAAUGUGAGUAGUAGUAGAUUAGAAUUAAGUAACGAGUCUCUAUGUGAUUUGGAAGUGUGUUCCCUUGUAGAAGCCAAUAACGCAGUGUCGGCCUUGACUACCCAGAGUCAAGGUCACGGCGAAACCCGGCUUAGAAAAUUAUUGCAAACAGCUGUUAAAGCAACACCUUUGAAUUAUCAUAGUUGCGUAGGAGAAAUAGUAAGGGAAUAUCAAGACACGAUGGCGAUAGGAGAAGAGCCUCCAGGGAGAAUAGAUAAGUUACCUUUUAAAAUAGAAACAGGAGAUCAUCCCCCUAUCCGAAGUAAGCCUUACAGAACACCUGCCUGUCAUGAACAAGUAAUUGGGGAAAAGAUAAAACAGAUGCUGGAUCAGGGUAUAAUUCGGGAAAUUUCUAGGUCGUCAAAGUGUGAAGUUGCUCAAACACAGUUAGUGUAUUUAGGACACAUGAUUGGUAAUGGUACUGUUGAACCUACAAAUAACAAAUUGAAGGCUAUUCAAGAAGUGCCAAGACCAGAAACAAAGAAACAGGUCAGGUCGUCCAUAGGGUUAAUUGGCUAUUACAGGAAAUUUGUGCUGAACAUUGCAUCUUUAGCAGCUCCAUUAACUAACUUGAUAAAGAAAGGAUUUCCAAAUAAGUUAAAAUGGAAACAAGAACAUGACAAUGCAUUCAAAACUUUUGAAAUCUAUGUUACUUUGUAG